AGCAAAGCGAAAGGAAUCUUAACGUAAACUUAAUAGUUUUUUCAUUGCGGUCCAUCUCCUUGGUCAGAUAUAGGUCUUUGCUUGGUCGUAGCUGCACGGUUUGCUUGGCCUUGCCAAAGCUUUGAACAUAUACCUUAACUGCUGCAGCGCCUCCAAGUAGAUAAUCGGCAAAGCAUGUCCGCAAAGACACAUGCCUCUACGUCGUCCCAUCAACCUCAAUCGCAGCAGGUCAUAGUGGAGGUAUCAGCCAGCUCCGCACCAAGCGAAGUAAUAUCAGCAAUCGUUGCUUCAGCAACACCACAACCAUCGACCUCGAGGAGCAACCCCAACCGCUGGCUAGUCAUUGGGUUCUUCUUCCUGCUAAUAUUCGCGAGCAUAGUCUACUUCCGCGAGGAGAUCUACACGUUCACAAAAGACGUGCACAAGUACCCUAUCCUGUCCAUCCCGGAAGCGCUUCAAGUGCGAAAGUACCUGGGAUCGGGCUGGACCUUCGGAACGGGCGCGGACACGGUCACGGAAAUCGACCCCAGCAAAGUGGUGGCGCACGUGAAUGCCACGGCGGCAGCUGCGCUGUGAGUAGCAGCGGCGGGACUGUUGGCGAAGCAGUUAGUGUUAUAGCUGCUCAAGCAAUAUGAGAACGACAGAGCGGAUGUGGUUACUAGAGGAGUGGUAGUGGAUACAGGCAAUGGGCCGAUGGGGCUCGUGGAGUCGGGCGUGUGAGCUGGGGAAUGGGAGGUGCUAGGGCGAAGGAGCUUCGAGGAUUAUGGAUCUCGAGAUUGAGAUCUUUUGCGGUUCUCAGUGUAGAGUGUCUAAACAGGAGGUGGUUGCGGCGCGGGGCAUGCGCGAGCGUAGGACGAUUCGGGAGCUGGUGUGAUGGGG